AUGCCUACACCGACACGUAGUAGAUCUGUUGAUCAGACGGCAGAGAAGAAGAAUCGUUUGUAUAUGGGACGGUUAAAAGAGGGACAGAAACAGGAGAGAAAUGGAUUGCGAAGACGAAGAAAGGGAUUGAAAAAAGUAAAAAUAGCUUCUUUAAAAAUUGAUUUUUCUAUGAAAGUUAUUUUCCAUCAAAUGAUGGAGCCCGAAGCACUACGCCAAGGUUUCGGUCCGAAUUUUGCAAAAGGUCUCAAUCGGCCUAAAAGCCAAGCUAGGGAGAGAAAUGCCCGCAACAACAAAAAUGACAAGCCUAGCCUAUACGCAUGA